AGUAGGAGAGGGGAGAGUAGUAUCGUGACAAAGCCACGGUGAGGAGGCGUGGCGUAGAGGAUGACGCAGAGGUGGAAGCUCAAGCGGCGAGACUCCUGGAAAGCGCGCUGUCGCAUCACCAUCGCUUGCGCCAUUGCUUUUGGUGUUUGCGUACCUUUGUUCAGCAAGCAGCUAGUGGCACCUGAGAGGUGCGGCUUCCCGGCCGCCCAUUUGCUGGUGAAUGUCGUUCCUAUCGCUUCUCAUUUCUCUGAUUUUUAGUGAGCGCCAUUCGUUGGGACCUCCCCAUCAACCGCUGUACAUGCCAGCCGGCUCGAAAUCGGCUGAGCCAGAAAUACGAUGAUGACAUGGCGGUGAAAACGGUCCAAUUCUGCUUGCAAGUUCAGCUUGGGUGUUAGGUUUGGUGUUGCUGGGGGAAGGUUGAAUGGUCGGUAACGGCGAGGUAUGAGCGCGUCACCGUCGUGCCACGGUGAAUACGGGUGAAGUAGUUGGUGUGAAGGCGGUGACGUUCCGCUUCCUCGUUCCGUUUGGCUGUUGGAUUAGGUCCGGCUGGGUGAAGGUUGAGUGGGAUGGUAGCUCCGAGGCUUGAGCGCGUGAACAUCGUUCCGCAGAUGUGGUGUCGUGCGAGUGUCCGUUGGUUCCCAGUGGUCCUGAGUGUAUCGACUCACGGUUUCUUUACCUAGACAUUCAAUCUUAGUAUUGGGAAUUAAUACCCGUUGUCGCCCCUAAUCGAAGCUUCAUUUCCUCCACGCGUUCAUUCGCAGAGGGUCAUCAAAACUGUUGUUGGGAGGGGCAGUCUGGUUAUGUUUCUUGUCCUGUUGAGCUCGACUGCCGGAAGUGCUUCUUUCCUCUGGCUGCCACGUCCAUGUUUUCACGCACUGCUUGUCUUCCGUUUCCAGUGCCCACGGGAUAAUCGCGUGCAAGACCGUACGUGCAAAAUGUUCGGUUGCACUGUCCUUUGAACUCGUAACGUCUUGCGUGUGGGUGCAGCGGCACGGACGGCUGUCCUUACGCUGAUUCUGAAUUCCUGAGCCUACACCCUUCGCCUAUCCAGGACUGCUCCUGAGAAGGCAGGUUUUGGAUGUGCACUUGUUUGACAGCAAGGGGACGGGGACGUUUACGCGGCCUCUCACGCACGAAAUACAAACAGACCUUGACACGCUCGCGCUCGCGCGCGCGCAAAAGAGAGAGAGAGAGAGAGAGAGAGAGAGAGAGAGAGAGAGAGAGAGAGAGAGAGAGAGAGCCGGGGCGGUGUUAAAGGAAGGCUGACCUUCCUGUGGAGGACUAGGGUAAAGGAGAGAGAGAGAGAGAGAGAGAGAGAGAGAGAGAGAGAGAGAGAGCCGCGGCGGUUAAAGGAAGGCUGACCUUCCUGUCGAGGACUAGGGUAAAGGCGAUAGAUCUGAUGCAUGCGCACGUGUGGCUCUCCUCUUGUCCUCCUUGGCGUGCUGUGUAGUAAUCGGUUCUCGAGGGUGGGCGGCCGUAUGCGAGGCGAGUCGGUCUACGCACGGACCGCCACGUGCAAGGCCGAUCAGGAAGACGAGCUCCCUGAGGAGAUAUAGGUGCGGAGUCAGGGUGGGUAAUUAUUCAGUGGAUCUUACGUGGUUCAUGUCUGUUUCCCCGUGUUGACAGUCUCUGAGUGAGUUGUUGGGAGUAUUGGGAACCUCGUCCUAGGGGAGGAAGAAAGGGUGGAGAAAAGACGAUUCGAGGGGUUAGGUACUGUUGUGGAGAAGGGUCGAGAAGGGCGGGAAGGGAAUCGAGAGGAGCGGAGAGAAAGCAGAGGGUGCGAGAAUAGUUCCAGCUAUGCAGGAAUUAUUGACUAUAUCCCCGUCGGAAUUGAAGUUUCAAUUCGAACUGUCUAAGCAAAUAUCGUCGUCGUUGCGUCUGUAUAACCAAACUUCGGAGUAUGUGGCAUUCAAGGUGAAAACUACUUCUCCAAAGAAGUAUUGCGUCCGACCGAACACUGGAGUUGUCCAACCCAAUGGAAGUAUAGAAGUGACAGUGACGAUGCAGUCUCAGAAGGAGGCACCGCCCGACAUGAUUUGUAAAGACAAGUUUCUCAUUCAGAGCGUCAUUGUUGAAGAGCUGAUGAGUCAUGAAAAGCUUUCCCCUGAGCUGUUCCAGAGAGAACCGGGACGCGACGUUCGUGAGGCGAAGUUGCGCGUGAUGUAUGUGCAGCCACCCCAACCUCCAUCUCCUGUCGCCGAGUCGGCGGAGGAGGGACUCUCGCCCAAGACACCGGUUAAAGAUGGUGUGGAUCGGUCAUCGCUGACGAGUAUCGGGAACGAUUACCAUGGCAGCGUGAAAGACUCUGCGUAUCUUCAGGCCAAGUUGCAGGAGAUGAAGACGACAUUGUUGUCCCUCACAGAGGAGAGAAAUGAUGCGCGUAGUCAGAAACAAAGAGUGGAGGAGGAACUCGUUAAGCUCAAGAACAGGGCAGGAACGAAUUGCAGUGCGUCGCCAACAGGACGCGCGGGUUUUUCCUUCUUCACGCUGCUUCUUGUUGCUAUUGUGGCAUUCCUGAUCGGUCUCUUCAUGAAAUAAUUGGGGGAACAGGAAGUCGGAUUAGCCAUGGCAAGCUGACAAUGUCCUCUUGGAGCAAAGGAAGCUGUCGCUCAUUGUGUUGCUGACUACCAUUCCGAUCCCCUAUCCUCAGAUCUCCCACGUCACCACAUCUCUCUAUAUCCACGAUUGUAGUAGAUUUCCGAACUUACGGCUUUUUCUUUGUUUAGUGAAUAUGAAGACAUAUGAAGAGAUAUGAAGAGAAUGUCCGUUCCGUAAAGUCCUGUCCUACCGGUUCUCUCAGCAGGCCCUCCUAUUAUUCUUCUCGCCUUUCUAUAGAAUCCUGUUAUCGUCCGUCCUUCUCCACUGCCAGCGGCGUUUAUCUGCGUGGUCAUCGAGAUGCAUGCUCUUCUUUCCCACUUCCACUGUCCGCUUACCGUUUUGCCUUUCUUCGAUCUUUUACAGCUCGUUGAUCCGUAAUUUCGUUGUUUACCUUCCCCCGUUCACUUUUGUGUGAUACUCGGCUGUGGCUGAAAGCAGCGGUACUCUUGGGGAUAUGUGGAUAUGUAGGUCGUUGGUGACUGAGGCGCCAGGAGUGUGUCCCUGGUGAAUAUAUAUGCUGCGGAGAAGCACUCUUAAGUGGAAGAGGAAAAACUGUAGGUGCUGAAGGCGGUUGAAAAAGAACUCCUGUCCCGACUGGGACCGAAUUGAGAUCAUGGAGCGCUGCGUUUUGCCAGCGGCAAUCUUAUGUAGCAGGCGUGCUGUGGUCUGCCGUGCUGGCCAGUCGUGGUUUCUUGAGAACGUUCACGGUGCAAAGAGGGAUGAGAAAUUUGGAGGUUCUCAUGCACUCAGGAAGAUCAUGCAGAGCCGAGGAGUGUCGUUCGCGAGGCCGUGGUAAUCGGUAUUAGCGCAAGGUUUAUUGGCAUAUUACGGCCCGCUGCCCCACUGGCGUAGAAUUUGCGUCUCUGGUUGUGGAAAAUACGUUGAGAACGCAUGUGGGAGAGAAUAAGAAUGUGUAGAUUUUAAAGGUUAUCAUGCUCUCGUGAAAAUCGUACGGAGUCGCGGAGUGUCGUUCGCGAGGCCGUGGUAUUCGUCACAAUUUGCGCAAGUUCAUUAGCAUAUUAUGGCCCGUUGCCCCACCGGAGGAGAAUUCGCAUCCCUGGCUACGGGAAAUACGUUAACGGGGAGAGGGGAGGUAAUUCGUCUCUGAAAUGGAUGGAGCUGGGUGCACAGCCAACCCCCUAUGAGCACGCGGAUAGUGUUGCAGAGUUCACGCAUACGCCCCCGCUCAACGGAGGAAUGCCAGGAUGAAUAGGGGGACUUUCUCAACCCAGGAACUGCAGCUGCUAAGCGACAAGGAGCUUAGAGGGAUGGUCUGUUCAAGGAAGACGAGUAGCAGAGAAGUCAUGAAGCUUAAGGUAUGGUGAGCCACGAACGGCGCGAGGGUUUGUGAACGAGAUGAAAGAGGCACUGUUUGGUCCUUCGGAUUGGGGGGGGAAGGGGGGAAGUGAUGACACCGAGAACAACGUAGCUUUGUUGCGGUAGUACUCAAGAAACGUGGAAAUGAUGAGGUGACGAUGGAGAAGGGCCAAGGGUUCUGGAAAGUGGGAGUAAGGAUAUUUCCCGUCGACGGGCACGUGGGAUUCAGAGUCGUCAUGAGCGAUCAGUGAGCGUCCUGUUUUUGGCGAUCAGUGUGCAUGUGGUAUCAACCGGACGGGAGGGAUUGCUUGAGGUCGCUGUCUUAAUUGGAAGGAAGCCCAACGACAGGGGUGUAGAGUACUCAAAUCCGAGCUGCCCGGGCUGCAUCCCUGCAUUUUGGAAAACUAUGGAGUAUUGGAAGUUGGCUUCCCGUCCUUACUCUUUUCUCUUCCCACUACCGUCUUCCCUCUCCGUCAGCCCUUCCUUUCUGAGCACCAUUUAUGGUCUUCUGCCGUUCUGAGCUUCUCCUCCUGCCUUCGGGCAGUUCUAUUCCUUCACUAAGUGCGAAUCCCCUGUAUUCUGCGCAUUCAUUCCUUUCUUGUGCGAUGUCAUCAGCAAUU